GCAUGCCUAGAAAUUUUGCACCAUUGAAAAAGCAGGAGAACCCGUCAAAUUACUUCAACAAUUGAUGAGAACAAUAUUCCCAAUCUUGUGCACCAGCAGCAUUUCAAACUUUACCCAAUUAAAAACGGAUAAACCUUAAACCCAUAGAUCCCAAGCUAAAACCCCAGCUAGAUUCCCAAUUGAGCAACCAAUUCAAGAAGAUGAACAGUAGCCUCCGGCUGUUCCCAACUUGUUCGUGCUCAAACCGACUACCCACCAAUCCAAAACCAACUUCGCUGUUUUUCAUUAACAAUCCUACCCACUUUCUGCAUUUGAAGCGAGCUAAGAGGAAGCAGCAGUUGGCAUCGUGUACCAGUUAUGAAGUCGGUGGAGGUUAUCCAGAGGAGGAGUUGGAUAUGCAAGAUAGAAGACGACCCAUUAAAGAAGUGAAGCCGAAAAUGGACUCUUCCGAGUACGAAGCUCUCCUCAAAGGAGGCGACCAAGUCACCUCUGUUCUCGAAGAGAUGAUUGUCCUCCAGACACAUGAUGUUCACAUUCAAAGGUGUUCUUGUCAUGAUUGCCAAUUUCAUGGUGAGAAGUUGGAAGAUACGAACAUUGAUGAAACAUCUGAAGAGAUAGCUUUGCAGUUGGCUGCACAAGGUGUCAUAGGUAAAAGGGUUGAUGAGAUGGAGUCAGGCUUUAUGAUGGCCUUAGACUACAUGAUCCAGAUUGCUGAAAAGGACCAAGAUGAUAAGCGCAAGGCAAUACUGGAGGUGGUGAAGGAGACAGUUCUAUCUCAUCUCACAAAAAAAUGCCCGCCACAUGUUCAAGUGGUCGGCCUACUUUGUAGAACUCCAUUGAAAGAAAGCAGACAUGAACUACUUCGUAGAGUUGCUGCCGGGGGUGGUGUCUUUAAAAGUAAGAAUGGCACCAAGGUUCAUAUCCCAGGAGCAAAUCUUAACGACAUAGCCAACCAAGCUGAUGAUUUAAUAGAGACAAUGGAAACUCGGCCAAUUGUACCUGACCGGAAACUGCUUGCAAGGCUUGUUCUGAUUAGAGAAGAGGCUCGGAAUAUGAUGGGAGGUGGAAUUCUGGAUGAAAGAAAUGAUCGUGGUCUAAGUACUCUUCCUGAAUCAGAGGUGAACUUCUUGACCAAACUGGUUGCUUUGAAACCAGGUAAUGUUGUCCAGGAGAUGAUACGAAAUGUAAUGUUAGGUAAAGACGAAGGGGCCGAUAACUCAGGUGAUGAUAAGGAAGAUACUGCAGGUGGACGGAGAGCUUCAAGGGGAAUUGCAGGAAGGGGAAGUGUAUCAGGGCAGAAGCCACUUCCUGUUCGUCCAGGCAUGUUUCUAGAAACCGUAUCUAAGGUCCUGGGUGGAAUAUAUGCUGGAAAUGAAUCAGGUGUCACUGCACAACAUUUAGAAUGGGUACAUCAGAAGACACUUCACAUUCUUGAGGAAAUAGCAUUCUAAUCUUUGCUAUCGUCAAGGAAUUAGGAGCAAAUAUAGCCCAAAUCAAGCUUUGAAUCUCCCAAAUCAGCCAACAUGAUGGAAAUAUCAAGCUGCCAGUGAAGUACCAUGUGAAGAAAGGCCCCACUUGAUAAGUCUAUUAUAAUAAAUUUUGCUUUAAUGUACACAAAAAUGGGGCCUUUGUAAUCAUCUUCUAUGCUGAGAGAAAGUUGAAGCAAACACAGCAAAGCAAGGAUGGUUUCUGUUUUAUGUAAAGAAGAAGCCCUUUUCUUCCCAAUCACUAUCUAUUCUUCUUCAUUUGUGUUUGCUGCCUUUAGUUCAUUGUAUAAAACAAAUGUAAGGGCCCAUUCUGAAAGGUUUCUAUAUUUUUAACUAUUUUAUUUUAUUUUAUUUAUUUAUUACGUAA